UUAGAGCAGAAAUAUCAGAAAGGUAGAUCCCGACGCCCCGGUGCCAAUGGCCACAAUCUUUCCAGUCCCACAGGCUUCUGAAUCCAUGUGCCUCCCCUAGAGCCCUCACUCUAUCCGCGCCUCACAGGAAAAGCACUGCAACUGGGAACAGAAGAAAAGUCAUAUGCCCAGAGCAUUGGCACAGGCACGAAGUCCGCAGUUUCUGGGGAGAAGCGGGACAUUCCCUGGGUGAAAGCCAAACAGGAGGCACAGGGUAUUUCCCUGACUACCAGCUCCAAGCACUGCUACUUGCAACCCCUUGGUACAGCCCGUUCCCUGGCACUGAAGCGACCAGACCCGGAACACUGGCACUGGCAUAGAACUUGGGCAUCAGUUCUGGGAUACAUACUGCCUGACAGGCACGACCUACCGCUACUAACUUCAUUUAUCCAGGGACGCGCACUGUGGGGCAGGGAAGCACUACUGCCCCAUAAUAAGGAGCCUCCCCACUGGGCAUCAAGCUCUCACCCAGCGCCGCUGGAACCCAGGCACUGCCCCUCUGUACGCCGGUGUCCUGCCAAAGUGGGAUGAGGAUUGGUCUGCACUAGUAAUCUGCCCCAGGGCAGCGCCAUGUUUCUACCCCCGGUUAGGAAGGGUUUCUCAAUCGAAGCUUUGGUGGGGCCGGACCGGACCCCUGAGGAACCCCUUAGACCCACUGCACUCAAAUACCCCGAGCCUGGCCAUGGGCUGACCCCCACCCCUCUCCGGCCCGGGGUCCGCCUCCUGGGGGCCCCAGAUCUUUUUUUCCCGGAACCAGCGGCUCCUCCCUAUGGGCCCAGCCUAGGGCUCCCUCAGCAUCGCAUUCUACAUCGGGACCCGCUCAGCUUCUGCCCCUGGAUACUGCGGCACCGGCUGCCAGGAGAGGAGAACACCCCAGAUAAUUAUUUACUUCAUGGACCUUUCUCCCGCAAACCGAAAAGGAUACGAACAGCCUUCUCACCCUCUCAGCUCCUACGUCUUGAAGGGGCUUUUGAGAAGAACCAUUAUGUGGUGGGAGCAGAAAGGAAACAACUAGCAAACAGCUUGUGUCUUACAGAAACUCAGGUAAAAGUGUGGUUCCAAAAUAGAAGGACAAAGCACAAGCGUCAAAAACUAGAAGAAGAAUGCCCAGAGUCCCAGCAAAAGAGGAAAAGCACCCAACAUGUUAGCCGGUGGAGGAUGGCGACAUGUCAGACAAGUCCUAAAGAUAUUGAUGUCACAUCAGAUGACUGAAAUAUUCAGUUUAAAGCAAUGAUUUGACUGGAUCAAAAUAGGCUGUCCAUGAUUUUCACAUGACUCUACAAAAAUGAAGUCUGCUCUCUAUAAGAACAACAUUACUGAAAGUUUGUAGAGAUACAGCAACCGUUACUGCAGGAAAAACAUCCCUGAACAUUUCAUCCACGUAUUAAGAUAAGGGAGGAUACUGAACACAAUAUUUAAGACACAGGACAUCACAAAAAUGCAAAAUAAUUUUCAGACUCAUUUUUUGGUUGUGCUCUGGACUAACAGAACUUUAUUUUGAACCUGAAGGCACUAUACUGUGUCCACAUUCCCAGUCUUGGGCUGUUUUCCAUCACUUCUCGGGACAAGUAUUUUAUAUAUUUACAGGGAUCUGGAUUGGUCAGGUUAUGCUAAAUGGGCACUGGCCAAGAGUGGAUAGUUUCCUGACAUGAUUCCUAUAACUAGCCCCAGAUGGUGCCUUUUGAAGACCUGGACAUUGAUCCCUUAACGACUUGCUGUCCAUCCCCACAGGACAAUCUAAAAAUGUAUCCAUUUAAGUCAGGCUUAUUAAAGGGUAUAUUUCUUUUUAAACUAAUACAGAAAAACCUUUACCUCAGGAAUCUGCUUUCCUCAUUUGAUGGAGCCAGUGUAUAUAUAUAUAUAUAUAUUUAACUUUAAAUAUGUGGUGUUCCAUACAGAUAAUAAAGAUGUAUUACAGGUUAUGAAUACAGCUGGGAAAUUAGAUGAAUUCCAGAUAAAUUAAGAUACAGUAUUAACGUUUAUAUGGUCUCUUCAAUGAGUAAAUAAAGUGAUGCUGCAACAUAAAAA